CAAGUCAUCAGCUAGCUAGCCUUCCCUACAGCAACUGCUUACAUACAACACUUCCAUCUUCCCGAGCUCGUCUUCGAUCAAUUCCCAAGUCAAAUAAUAAUAUAACAACAAUGGUGGUUCCCGUCAUCGACUUCUCCAAGCUGGACGGCGCUGAGAGGGCCGAAACCCUGGCGCAGAUCGCCAAUGGCUGCGAGGAGUGGGGAUUCUUCCAGCUCGUGAACCACGGCAUCCCGCUGGAGCUUCUUGAGCGCGUCAAGAAGGUGAGCUCCGACUGCUACCGCCUCCGGGAGGCCGGGUUCAAGGCGUCGGAGCCGGUGCGCACGCUGGAGGCGCUCGUCGACGCGGAGCGGCGCGGCGAGGUUGUGGCGCCGGUGGAUGACCUGGACUGGGAGGACAUCUUCUACAUCCACGACGGAUGCCAGUGGCCGUCCGAGCCGCCGGCGUUCAAGGAGACCAUGCGCGAGUACCGCGCCGAGCUGAGGAAGCUCGCCGAGCGCGUCAUGGAGGCCAUGGACGAGAACCUCGGCCUCGCCAGGGGCACCAUCAAGGACGCCUUCUCCAGCGGCGGCCGGCACGAGCCCUUCUUCGGCACCAAGGUCAGCCACUACCCGCCGUGCCCGCGCCCGGACCUCAUCACGGGCCUGCGCGCGCACACCGACGCCGGCGGCGUCAUCCUGCUGUUCCAGGACGACAGGGUCGGCGGCCUGGAGGUGCUCAAGGACGGCCAGUGGACCGACGUGCAGCCGCUCGCGGGCGCCAUCGUCGUCAACACUGGCGACCAGAUUGAGGUGCUCAGCAACGGGCGCUACCGCAGCGCCUGGCACCGCGUGCUGCCCAUGCGCGACGGCAACCGCCGCUCCAUCGCUUCCUUCUACAACCCGGCCAACGAGGCCACCAUCUCGCCGGCGGCGGUGCAGGCCAGCGGCGGCGACGCAUACCCCAAGUACGUGUUCGGCGACUACAUGGACGUGUACGCCAAGCACAAGUUCCAGGCCAAGGAGCCCAGGUUCGAAGCCGUCAAGGUUGCAGCGCCCAAGUCAUCUCCAGCGGCAUAAAUAAAUGGAGGGGACCAAUUAUUAAAUGCAUUAUAAUUUAUUUGUUGAAUAAAACAGCCGGAGAAAUAAUGAUAAUGUAAAGUAUAUAUGAUAAACACCGGUUAGGAUUUAAGGUGUUUAACUUUAGUUGCAUGGUAUAAUAUGAUAUAUUGUUGUAGCAAUAAGUUUAUUAAGUAUUCAUAAGUGUUCUAAAUAGUGGGCUAAGGCACUUAUC